AUGACAGAUGGCAGCCUGGCAGGGCUGAGGAGCGGCAAAGAGGUGAUGGCUGAGGCUGAAGAGAAGAGGGCGAAGGACGAGGCCAGGUUCGCCCAGCUGGAUCCGUCCGUCAGUGGUCGGGGGGCACAGACAGUGUACCGCGACAAAGCAGGCAAGCGAUUGAGCAAUCUGGAGGCCAUCAUGGCGGAGGAGAAGGCCAAGAAGAGCCGCGUGCUGCCACCACCCGAGUGGGGCAAGGGUUUGGUGCAGAAGAGGCAGGCGGAGAGGCAGCAGGCUGACCUGGAUGCCGUUGCUGCUCGCCCUUUUGCCGCCUACGAGAACGACGAGGAGCGUGAUCGCAUGCUCAAGAAUGCCGUGCGCUUUGGCGACCCCAUGGCGCAUCUCGUUAAGAGCAACAUAUCAGCAGAUACCCUUCUGGAGGAUCUCAGUCGCGACCCAGCCAUGCAGGCCUCUGGCUUCACGGUGCCACAGGCCAUCCCCCCCCACAGCUGGCUCAAGCGCCGCGUGUCCGCCCCUCACAACCGCUACGGCAUCCGCCCUGGCCGCCACUGGGACGGUGUUGACCGCAGCAACGGAUUUGAGCGGGAGAUGUUCAAGCAGAAGAAUGAGAUGCAGGCGCGGGAGCAGGAGGCCUUCAUGUGGUCCGUUGCAGACAUGUAA